CCGACGAGUUCACCGAGCCGGUUGUAGAUGAAAAUGUUCGUCUCGCGGAAACCCUUAUCGCAGAUCCAAUCGUACUCGGUGAUGGGCGUCCGGUCGUAAUAGGUGCGAUCGUAGUCGUACCCGUACGCGCACUUCAUGAUGUCGCUGCUUGGGUGGUGUAUUUUGCUACAGGCGCUAACACUUACGGCUUUUACCGUGGAUUGUGCCAUUGAAGAUGCAGGUCGUACAUCCGCCCUGGAGGAAGCUCGUUUGCAACGAGAAAAUCUGGUCCGAAAGUAUCUCAAACGGCUAAAGAAGGAGGAAGGCGCUCUGAAGCUGGUUGGCGGACGGGGAGAUUUCGAGGGAAAUGUGGAGAUUUUCCACGCCGGCAAAUGGGGAGCGAUUUGCGAUGACGAGUGGGAUCAAUCUGAGGCGGAGGUCGUUUGCCGCCAGCUAGGCUUCCCGGGCUACGUCAAACCAACACACACGGGCCACUUUGGGCGGGCGAAGCGAAAGUUCUGGAUGGACAAUCUAUGGUGCGGUGGAAAGGAAGCGGAACUUGCCGACUGCCACUUUGACGGCUGGGGUACGAACGAUUGUGAGUCGGGUGAGGCGGCGGGUGUAAUUUGUAAGCAACACGACACUGCGGAAACCACGACGGAAAAGUCGGUUCCGGUUGAGCUGAAGGUGCCGAAGAAACAGUUUGGCCAGCGGCUUGAGCUGCGGCUCGUUGGAGGCCGAGUGGCCGGUGAGGGUCGUGUGGAAGUGAGGAUUGUGGAUCGGGAAGGAGCAACAGGUCCUUGGGGUAGCGUAUGUGGUGAUGGGUGGGGUUUAUUGGAGGGAAAUGUUGUCUGUCGUCAGUUGGGCCUUGGGUACGCGAAUAAUGCCGUCCAGACGGACUUCUUCUCGGAGGAAUCGGAAACGAAUGGCAAACUCCCGGAACGUGUACUACUGAGUGGGACGGAGUGUUACGGUAAUGAGAGCUCACUGGCCGAUUGCUUACACAACCCAGUUGGGGAGGGUGAACCGUGGUGCAGUGAUCGUCGGGGUCAUGUAGCGGCCGUGACUUGUGUACCGCAAAUGGCCGAUCUUGUGUUCGAUCAUGUGGAGAUGGAACAGUCGUUGCAUCUGGAGGAUCGUCUCAUGUAUCUGUUGCAGUGCGCGAUGGAGGAAAACUGUGUGGCCACGCAGGCGUACGAAAUUCAGCGUGACAAUCCAAACUGGCAUCUGGAGACACGCCGGCUGUUGAAGUUUACGGCACGGGUUGUUAACAUGGGUACGGCCGACUUUCGACCACACAUUCCCAAACAUCUGUGGGAGUGGCAUCUGUGCCAUAUGCACUAUCACAGCAUGGAAGUGUUUGCGACGUUUGACGUGAUCGAUGUACAUGGGAAGCGGGUGGCCGAGGGGCAUAAGGCAUCGUUCUGUCUGGAGGAUAAUCAGUGUCUGCCGGGGGUGGAGCCGAGGUACGCUUGUGCGAAUUAUGGCGAUCAGGGCAUAUCGGUGAACUGUUCCGACAUUUAUCGGCACAAUAUCGAUUGCCAGUGGGUGGACAUUAGUGAGCUGGACUUUGGGGAGUACACGAUGCGGGUGGCGAUCAAUCCUGAGUUCAAGGUGCCAGAAAUGAGGUUCGAUAAUAAUGCGGCGACUUGUCGAUUGCUGUACACGCAAACGUAUGCCCGGGUGUUCGAUUGUAAGCUGGAGCGACCGUAA